AUGCUGCCAACGCUUAGCAGGAUGGGCCUCUUGGGCAAGCUCUUCGGCGAGGCCGGCACCAAGAACAUCGUCACACUCUUUCAUAACCCCGCAUCCGCGUCAUCCGUGCGCGUGCUCAACCUGCUCAAGCAGGCUCAAGCCAAUGCCAGCACCACCACGACGAUUGACCAGGCGUCCGACAACUCCACGCAGGCCAAAGCCGAGCAAGCCGAGUUCACCUUCGAGGCCCAGGAAGAGCCACCCACAAGCGACCAGGUUGAGACGAUUCUGGAAUACCUGGGAGCUGAUAGCGCGGGCAAGGUCGUGCAGGGCGCGACGACCCAAGAGGAGGCGUUGAAGAAGUUUAAGAUGAAUGCGAACAGCUUCUCGAAGCCAUUGGUCGUGGAUUGGACCAGCGGCAAGGUUGUCGUCGGUGAUAACCAGUCAGAGAUUCUGCGCCUGCUGGGGCAGUCGCGCUCCUCGUAA